GUUUGACAUGUGAUGGCAGUGAAACCUUGGUAACAGCUAGCACAGGCUUUACGUGAUUGAGUGUGCAGGCACAGAGAGAAAGGAGGUCCUCAUACGUCACUCCAAAGGUGGCUUUAUGGAAGAAUGGAAAGCAAUGCAGAGCUAUCAGGCGUCGCUCAGACACUGUGGGACAAUGACGUAAACAGACUUCAACCAGGGAUUGAUUACAAGAUUUCCCUUCAGGAGCAAGCGGGACAAACUUACACAGACGUGACCGGCAAAACUUCAUUUCCAUUGUUCCUUUUCGUGAACGAGGAUGCUUUUAAGAAGAAAACUUUUUCAGCUUUCAUUUCCCUACUGGAUAAUUACGAGGCUGACACAGGACGACCUGAGAUCAUCACUGCAGAGGAGGAAAGUGAAAUCCACAGCUUUUUGGAUGCUCUAAUGGAGACCACAGUGCUGCAGAUUGCUCACAAUUAUUUAAUCAAGAAGGGGAGGGCGAAAGUGAGCAAAGAAGAAUUCAAAUGGCAAUUAUAUGACAUGUGGUUCCGUCUAUAUACCCGUCAAGGAUCCCAUCAGCCCAAUUCAUCUGGUUUUGAGCACGUGUUUGUUGGUGAAACCCGUGGUGGACGGAUGGUCAUUGGAUUCCACAACUGGAUCCAGUUCUACCUCCAGGAGAAGCUUGGUCACGUGGACUACAGGGGGUACACCAUGCCCAACAGCCAGAUCAAGCCGGAUGAGAACAAGCACCUGAUCACGCUGCAGUUCACCUGGAAGAAGGGGGUGAAGCCCCAGGGCAGCUGCUUCCUGGGCGUGAGCCCCGAGUUUGAAUUCGCCCUGUACACCAUCAUUUUUCUCAUUUCACCAGAUCGCCAGCUCAAGCUCAGGUUCAGUCAGUACGAAGUUGUGAUCGUGUGUCACAGCAACAAGCAGAAGAACAUUGAGACCACCUACCCCAUUCUGCUGCGCUAUCUAACCAUCAACUCAUGGAGGUGAAACUGAACCUCGAGGAAUC